AUGGCUCCAGCGCCGUCUAUGUCUACGAGCUGUGAUCGUAUUGCGAACUUCAUGGUCAAUGUUUCUAAAAACCGUUGCAGGUGGGAUGCACUGAGAGUUGUGAAGCAUGUUGUUCCGUUGCUUUCAGAUAUGGAGGAGAAUGAACAAUGAGUGGAGAUGUCUAUGAGUGAUUUCCAUGCUUUUGAGUAUUUUGUUAACAUGGAGUACAACGACUGGGAUCAACCUCCAAUGGGAUCGCAUGAUAUCAUCGAACCUGAUAGUUAUGAUCCACCAAGAAUCACGACUUUGAAGUUAAGACCUCAAACUCUUGAUGCAGAACAUCAGUUUCCCAUUACUUCCUCUUGAUCAAGGGAUCACGCGCAAGGAGCUUGA